AUGGCGCGCACGGUGAAGGACUGUCAGGCAGAUAUCGCGGAGUACGAGAAGUCACUUGCGGAGCUCCAAGCGAUCUUAGAUACUAUGCGAGACUCCAUCAAAGUAAACCCGGAUAACAUCGCCGAAUUCCAACCUCUUAUCGAUCUAACGGAGCCACGACACAAGGAAGAUGAAGCAAAGCUUGCUGGCUUGAUUAAAGAGCUAGCUGUGCUACAAGCCUAG